AUGCAAGCCAAUUUGAAAACCUGCAGAGGGUAUAAACACUACUACAAAUAUAACCCUUGCCCCGACUCUUUAUAUUUUGCAGUCUUAGGUAUGGUGUUGUUUACCAUGAUGCUGAUUCUUCUUAAACUUGUAAAAAUAGAGCUAUGUGGGGAGCUGCUGGUGGUCUUGGCCCUACCCAGGUUUCCUGUACUGCAGGUUUUUCCUGGCCUCCCUGAUUAUCCAGCCUUAGCAUAAGUGUCAGCAUCCAGUAAACAGCAUAGUCUCUAGUACACCUCAGGCCUUUUUGACCUCGUCAUCCUCGUCCGUAGACGGGUUAUUUUAUUUGUGCGCGUGGAGUAUUAAAGGAUGGACAGCUAUCGAUGAAAUGGGGUACAAACCACCAUUACAUACGAGGGUCGUUUCCUGUUUCUUUUCUUUACUUUUCUAUAUUUUUCGGCCAAAACACUAUUUAAACACAGCACAAAUGUGCCAGAACACAUUGAAAACUCGACCAGUUUUUUCCGCAAGAGAGCCAGUAGCACUCGACAAGCCCAAACACACCCUGUAGUGUGCUAACAAACUAAUGGGCUCAGAAACUCAAAAUUGUUUUACACAGUUUACUUACUACUCCCCAUUGUUUCCAGACCCUCCCCCUCUUUUAUCCAGUUGCUCCUCCAUCAUUUACUGCUCAUAGGCGAACGCUGCUCUGCAUAUAUUAAUAAAUAUGCAUAAUGCUUAAUUCGACUCGGCUUCCCGUGGCUGAAAUAACAAUCUGUACUUCGCACAGAUCGUCAAUUAAUGGCAGGGAAGUGCUGUCCUUUUGGACAACACUUCGCCACGUGAAGUGUAUUUUUACAGGUCAUUCAGGUCGCAGUGCGACCUAAUGCCCUGACCUAGAGACUCGAUGGGUAAGUCAUUUCAGUUGAGUUACCAUCAGUUGUUCACCAGUUCAACUAGUACUCAACAUCAACGAGCUGACUGACCUGAACGGGGGUUCGCCUGUUCCCCUGUUAUCUAGAGGUUCACCUGUUCCUCUAUGAAAAACCUACAGUUUUUGCAUGCUCUGUCAGGUCUUGAGUACCCAUACUGUCUCAGUAUACCAAUGGUGGUCCCCAGACCAUCAGGACUCAUAUGUCGCUGAACAACAUGCACAGAGCCGCGUCACUCCCUCUGCAAUCUAGAGGUCCGCCUGUUCCUCUAGGUAAAACGUAGGUUAGCGAGAGCCUCUAGACCGUUCGAGCACUUCCUUGCCCAUAAUAUAUGCCACAAAAACCUGUCUGCUGUGUGCUUUUGUUUUCUGGUUUCUUGGGGUUUUUUCAAACUGCGGUUUGGAUGCCAGUUAUUUCAACAUAUUAAACUUCAUUAAAUAUGCAAUUUAUGCAACGCAAUAAAUUGUGGUUAAUGAAGUAAUAUGUCAAAGAAGACUCUAUUUGCCUUAUGGAAAUGCCAAUCUGUCAUCAAAACUACUGCACUUGGAAAACAAGGAUUACUUUCUAAUCAUGCUGCCAAAAGAGAUUGAACCUUGGCAACAGCACGUGAACACGUCAUGCACUUGGGUUUAAUCAAUCAACUCUUCUUAAAUAUAUCCGUCGCAACAAUACAAUGGCCCCAUUCUUAGUGAAAGACAUUUAGUUACAGGCUAUAUGCUUCACGCCUCAUUCGCAAUAUUCUAACCAGAGCGUAAGCACCAAAACCUGGUAUACAAAAAAACCCACCCACCACCCCAGAGCCGAACCUGUCUGCUUAUACAAUCUAUAGAUCGACAUGCUUUCGAUCUAUACAAUCCAAUUCAGUCUAAUUGCUUAAUCAUUUAUGUAAAUAUAUAACUUAUACAUCUGUACCAGAAUUGCAGAAUGAAAUAAAUAAAUAAUGGCAGGGAAGUGCUGUCCUUUUGGACAACACUUCGCCACGUGAAGUGUAUUUUUACAGGUCAUUCAGGUCGCAGUGCGACCUAAUGACCUGACCUAGAGACUCGAUGGGGAAGUCAUUUCAGUUGAGUUACCAUCAGUUGUUCACCAGUUCAACUAGUACUCAACAUCAACGAGCUGACUGACCUGAACGGGGGUUCGCCUGUUCCCCUGUUAUCUAGAGGUUCACCUGUUCCUCUAUGAAAAACCUACAGUUUUUGCAUGCUCUGUCAGGUCUUGAGUACCCAUACUGUCUCAGUAUACCAAUGGUGGUCCCCAGACCAUCAGGACUCAUAUGUCGCUGAACAACAUGCACAGAGCCGCGUCACUCCCUCUGCAAUCUAGAGGUCCGCCUGUUCCUCUAGGUAAAACGUAGGUGAGCGAGAGCCUCUAGACCGUUCGAGCACUUCCUUGCCCAUAAUAUAUGCCACAAAAACCUGUCUGCUGUGUGUUUUUGUUUUCUGGUUUCUUGGGGUUUUUUCAAACUGCGGUUUGGAUGCCAGUUAUUUCAACAUAUUAAACUUCAUUAAAUGAUUUUUUAAGCUAAUGAAUUUGAAAGUUAUGGCUGGUGUCGUAUUCUGAAUAAUUCUGCAGCGAGAGUCUCGCCGGAAUUCUAAACAUGUACAGUAGCAACCCGCAUAUAGGAAAGGAAACACCGUUUUAGAUACUCAGAAUAAAAAAAAUCAUCCCGUGUAAUUCAUAUUUGAAAAUGGCAGAUUGCAUGAAUGCUGUAAAUUACUAACUUCUUAUUAACCGAACGCGAGGUCUGUACAGUGAGAUAUUGGACCGAAGUCUUUUUUGUACAGCCCGUGCCCGUAUAUAAGGCGAGGUUUGUACAAAAAGACCGAUGUCCGAUAUUUCUCUGUACAUACCGAGCAAGCGAGGUUAAAAAAAGUUUAUUAUAUGUCAUUUAUAGGCAUUUAUAUACCUGAAACAAACAAGAAAUGCAUGAUUUGAAUUUGCGUGGUACACAUUUGGUUGAAGAAAACAAAAAAAUACCAAUGUAUUCCUUCCUUUCCACUAAAAACCAUUCGCAGAUAUCUUAUUAAUAACAAAUUAAAUUAUAAUUUUCAAUUAGUUUUGCUGUUUUGUUUCAAAAUGCAUGCGUUUGUUUUAAUGGCCGCUGAAAGUGCUUCCCAGCCAAUCACAGUCCGCCAUUUCACCGGAAGUGAUGCUUGCCACAUAGUAAAAGUGGAAUAAUCACACAGGCAUGUCAAUCAUGUGAGCUAAAUAAUUUUCAUGUGCUAGUUGUACAGUAUGUAUGUGGCAGCAAUGCAGUUAUUUCAUAUACCUAGUUAGGAAGAUGCACGAUAAUUGUUGCAGGCACAAAAGUUAAUUACGGUAUUAUUAAAAUUGUAGUUUAAGUAAUCUUUCUCAUUACCACUUAGCUAUAGCUUAGAUAAUGUGAUUCUUGUAUACUAUUUUCAAUCAAUUUGGGCUUCCCAGUGGCAUUACUGGCAUUUUUAUAGCGAUACAUAUUACAUAAUAUGGUUAACCGAAACCUAUAGGUUAUAGAAAUUUACUCAAAUACUGCACGAUACGAUUUAAAACGUAUGACUAAGUUUACCAAGUUUACUGCUGUUUUUAUUAUAUGAAAAUAUAGUCUCGCAAAUCACGCAGGACAUGCAAAACUCUCCUUUCAAGAUUGGCAAAAAAUGUUGUUACAUUCACACUCAUGCAUUCAUUCAUUACUCUUCUUCUCUUUAAAGACUUAAAGAAAAUGACAGAAAUGCAGCGAGGAAAGGUGAAUGUGUAGAAACGACGUCCAAAGAAUCUACUUCCUAUUCUCACCCUGGAAACCCCAACAUCAAGUUUUCGAUACUACCCAGUAUUGAUCAGGCAACGUUUCCUGCUUUCCAAUCCUCUCUCGACUAUGCUGAAAUUGAAAAAUUUGACGCAUUCCUUAUUUUCACUGCUGGAAAGUUCACUAAAAGGCAUUUGGAGUUUUCAAAAAUAAUUAAGUCCAGUAACAAGCCACUCUUUUUCAUUCGAACCAAGAUCGAUAACGACAACCAUCCAGAAAAACGGAAGGAAAGAGAGAUCAAAGUGAGACUUGCCAAAAAUUUGAAAGAGCUUCAUUGUCGUGAAUAUGAAAUCUAUCUUAUAAGUAAUAAUCACCCAAACAAAUGGGAUUUUUACAAACUCGCGAAAGCAAUCGCAGAUUCUUUGCCUUCUCCUCAAAAAGAAUUUUUUAACAAGAUUCCGAAGAUUCAAGAGUUACUUGCUUUCAAGAAAUUUCAGAAUUUUCUUAAAGGUACCGUGAAGAACGUUAUUAGGCAUUAAUGCAAAUAUACCCAGUGUUUUUACGUGCAGUAACAAACAUAAUUUGUUGCUGGAAUAUUUUUCAUAGCGUACAUGCAUGAAUCUAGAAUUAAAAAUAUUUUAUAUAUUUCUCAAAUUGAACCGAGAACGUAUUUCUCAAUCUGAACCGAGAACGUAUUUUCACCAUUUUCUCUAGUAAGAAUAUUUGAACUAACAUUCGCAUUGUGCCCCCUACUCCGUCACCUUACUUUGUCUAGAGCAUAGAGAUUAUAAAUAACACUGGAGGAGGCGUCGCAAUCUUGAGAUCAGGCAAAAAAGGAAUGCGGUUAUUGGGGCAAAUUCAAGUCCCAGAUGUGUACUCGUGUUUCCAUUGGUAAGGAGUUUCAAUUUAGCAAAUGAGAGCAUGAUUUUAUAUCCGGGACCUAAAUUUGCCCCCCAUUAGCCGCGUUCCCAAACUUUAACCUCGAUGCCUUCUCUAGUGUUAUUUAUAAUCUCUAUCUAUGGUCUAAAGGCUGUUUUCCACUAUAGGCGGAAUUUUCCGCGCGGUGCGGAAUUUUUUUUGCUUUGUAAUUUCUCGGGUGGAACUAAUCAGAAAAGACAAAGAGAAAUUCCGCUCCGCAAGGAAAAUUCCGCGCAGUCGAAAACGGCCUUAACGCCAGACGAUUUUAUUCAUCAAGGGGAGCGCACAGACGCUCAAUGGAUUUAUUAAGAUAUACCGGGUGUCCCAAAAAAAAGUACUCCCGUUUGAUUUAUAAUAACUUCUAAACAAGUAAAUCUAUCAAACACAAAUAACUUGCAUUAAAUAGAGGAAGGACUAACUUAGAUUUUGAUAUGUUACAGUUUUAUUUUACCUAAAAAUUCACGGAGAUAUUAAUGUUCAAAAUCGGGAGCAUAUUUUGGGAUGUGUCUAAAAUUAGCAAAAAUCGGCAUAUCAAUUAUUAACUCUAGCGUUUGUUUGUUUAAUGACAUAUCAGGCUAACUUGUAUUUCAGCGAAUUGUCGUUAGGGUUUGUAAGGGAUAUGGCGUAGAUUUAGACAUCUUACAUGUAAGUCUUAACUCAUUGUUUCCUGAAAUAUGAACGUUCGAAAUUAUGCAAGUAUUUAAUAUAGGUCUUUGCAAACUUAAAGGUACAUGAAAGAAGAUGCAAGGCAGGAGCUUAAAUUUUUCUUAAAUAGCCUAAUUUUUUUACGUUUUUAAUGGGUUCAAAACAAAGUUGAUUAUUUCUCGGUUAGAGCAGGAUGAAUAUUAUUCUUUAAUGAAGGAAAUAAUAUUGCUUUUUGAAAAUACACAUCACAGUAUCAACGCUAGCGCUAGUUUUGUUACGUUUUGUUCCAAAAAUGUUGGAUGUCUCUGGGGAGUUGAUUGUUAUGUCUUUACUUAUGGAGUUGUUUGCAUAGUUUGAUUGUGUUUCAUUCUCAGUUUAUUUUGAACUUGCCAAGAUUAAGAAAGGCAAAAGAGUUUGGGUGUUGUUAACAAGAUUUCAGAACGUUGCAGAAGUUAUAAAGUUCAUUCAAUGUGAAGUUAUAAAAUUCACAAUUCCAUUGUGACAGCAUACCCUAAUUCAGAACUACGAACGAUCGAUGACGAUCCUUCACAAUGCAGUGGUCUCAUGAAAUAAGGAAACGUAUUCGUACUAGGAACACACGCGGAUUUCGGACGAAUAAAUCUUGCUUGUAUUUUGUAGAUUAUAAUACUUCGUUUCAUAACAAACAAUUUGUGAAGUGUCAUUUAUUUACUGGUAAUAGUGCAUGUUUCAGUCGGGCAAAAUCUUGAUUAAUAUUUGAUACGCCGUUUUUUGCAUAUUUCAGACACAUCCAGAAAUAUGCUCCCGAAUUUAAACAUUGAUAUCUCCAUGAAUUUUUAAGUGAAAUACAACUGCAAUAUAUCAAAAUCUAAGUUAGUCCUUCCUCUAUUUGACGCAAGUUAUUUCUCGUUAAAAGCUUUACUUGUUUAGAAGUUAUUACGAAUCAAACCGGAGUACUUUUUUUUGGGACACCCGGUAUAUUCUUAAUUUGAGGAUAUUUAUUAGUAACUAAGCGAAAAAGACAUUUUCAACAAAAAAAUGAUUGAAAAUAUCAUGUUUUGUUUUCUAUCUUAUAUGAUGUAUGUAUCAAAUUCACACUCAACAGCCUAGACCAUAAAAUAAAUUAAUUCCAUUGCGCGCACCGUAUACAUAAAAUGCUAUACAUACUUGGUUAAUUAUGUAGAGACAGAAGCACCAGAAAAACUCUUUCACGUCGAUGAAAUAAAACGUGUAUUUUUGGAAAGUGGAAUUGUGGGACUAGUGGGAUUACAGCGCAUGAUGUGCCAAAUGAAAGAAGUUAAAAUAAACCUCGCCGUACUUGGAAAUUCUGGUGUUGGCAAGUCAACCUUUAUUAAUGCUGUGAGAGGGUAAGAUUGUUAUUUUUUACGGUCCCUAAUUUUAGGUGCGUAACGUAUUAUGAGGUCCCUAUUACACCAUACGCAAGUGGAAGCAGGGUGUUAGGC